AUGCUGACGCUCUUUUCCGGUCUUGGUGGCACCCGAAAGGAUUUUGGGAUGCUCGAGAUGAGGUGGCUGGCAUUUUUGGUGUUUGCUCUGUUUACUGUCACCCAAGCAGAGGAAGGGGCCAGACUUUUGGCCUCUAAAUCACUGCUGAACAGAUAUGCUGUGGAGGGGCGAGACUUGACCUUACAGUACAAUAUCUAUAAUGUUGGCUCAAGUGCUGCAUUAGAUGUAGAAUUAUCUGAUGAUUCUUUCCCUCCAGAAGACUUCGGCAUUGUCUCUGGAAUGCUCAAUGUCAAAUGGGACCGAAUUGCCCCUGCCAGCAACGUCUCACACACCGUGGUCCUGCGUCCUCUGAAGGCUGGCUACUUCAACUUUACUUCAGCAACCAUUACCUACCUGGCCCAGGAAGAUGGACCUGUUGUGAUUGGCUUCACCAGUGCACCUGGCCAGGGAGGAAUUCUAGCUCAGCGGGAGUUUGAUAGGCGGUUCUCCCCCCAUUUUCUGGAUUGGGCCGCCUUUGGGGUCAUGACCCUUCCCUCCAUUGGCAUCCCCCUACUGCUGUGGUACUCCAGCAAGAGGAAAUACGACACUCCCAAAACCAAGAAGAACUGA